AUGAUGUAUUCCAGACCAUCAUCAAGUUCAAGUUCAAGUUCAUCUUCUUCCAAUAAUGAAGAAUAUGAUCAACUCGUUGAUGAACUCUUCACAUACCAACCCACAUCUUUCCUCAUGCCCCAAACACAAUCCCAACGUACUUCAAAAUCACGUAGAGGGGGUACGAACAGAAGAGAUUGGGAAAUGGGACAUGCCAGGCUGUUCAAUGAUUAUUUUUCCGAUAAUCCUGUGUACAAUACCACCCAAUUUAGAAGAAGAUUUCGUAUGCAACGACCUUUGUUUUUACGUAUAAUGAACAAGGUCGUUGAAGGUGAUGUUUACUUCCAGCAGCGUAGGGAUGCAACUGGAAAGUUAGGCAUAUCACCUAUGCAAAAAUGUACAGCCGCGAUACGAAUGUUAGCCUAUGGCAUGGUUGCAGACGCUGUUGAUGAAUACGUUCGAAUCAGUCAGUCAACCGCUCGAGUUGCCCUACAACGUUUUUGUGCCGGGGUCAUUGACCAGUUCGGAACCGAGUACAUGCGAAACCCUACAACUGAUGAAUUGGCCCGGAUACUGCAUCAAAAUGAACUGCGUGGUUUUCCAGGCAUGAUAGGCAGCAUUGAUUGCAUGCAUUGGGAAUGGAAGAACUGUCCAACGGCUUGGAAAGCGCAGUACGCCGGUAGGAACAAGAAAGCAACGCUAAUACUGGAAGCCGUUGCGGAUCAGGAUUUAUGGAUAUGGCAUUCCUUCUUUGGUAUUCCCGGAUCUUGUAAUGAUCUUAAUGUGUUGUACCGUUCACCAGUGUUCGAUGAGGUUCUGCAUGGUCGAGCUCCUCCGGUAAAUUUUACGGUUAACGGCCAUGAAUACAACAUGGCUUAUUAUUUAGCCGACGACAUUUAUCCGAAGUGGGCAACUUUUGUUCAGGGUAUCACAUUCCCUCAACUGGCCAAAGAUAAAAUGUUCGCUGACCACCAGGCUGCCGCUCGAAAGGACGUUGAAAGAGCUUUCGGUGUGUUGCAAGCUCGAUUUGCAAUAAUACGAAAACCGUCGCUGGCGUACGAUGAGGACAUACUGCGGGACAUAAUGAAAGCAUGUAUCAUUAUGCACAACAUGAUUGUUGAAGAUGAGCGCCACAACUACACUCGAGCCGAAGUUCUAAGAGCCUUCUACGAAGAAGAUCAACAAGAAUCAACACCAGCAUCAACAUCUACAACGCCACCGUUUGAAUUCAACGUAGGCCGACCUACCAACUUUGAUUUCAACGCAUUUCUACAGCGAAAAGCUUCCCUCCGUGACAGAGAAAUUCAUCUAUCUCUGAAACGUGAUUUAGUCGAACAUAUUUGGCAACACUACGGGCCACGUAAUUAG